GUUUGUACGCAAAAUUAAUUGUUAUAAUCCAAUUUGUGACCUAACCUAACCUAACCCUACCUGAUCUCACUCCAUCGACGGGGAAAGCCAAAAGCUUUGUUUAACAAGACCUCAAACUAAAACCCUUCAUCAACGGAGUUGGGAGGAUGCUGACAUUGUGAAUUUUCUCUUGACAUUGACCAGAGCAAUUCAGACCUGGAUUCAAUAAAGGUCAUCAGUAUUUCACUGCCAAAGUGAACAAAGGUGAAAUGGCUUCGUUCAAAGAGUUGCCUAGAACUGCUCAAAUUCGCCUUGUGAGUUCACACCAGGAGGUUUAUGAACCAUGUGAUGAUUCUUUUGCACUGGUUGAUGCUCUUCUAGCUGAUCGCAAUAACCUGUUGGAACAUCAUCCAACAUUGUGCAUGGAGAUAGGCUGUGGUAGUGGAUAUGUUAUUACUUCCCUUGCUCUUAUUCUUGGGCAGGAAGAUUGUGGCAUCAACUAUAUUGCAACUGAUAUCAACCCACAUGCAGUGAAGGUGACACAUGAGACACUCGAAGCACAUGGGGUUGGUGCAGAGUUGAUAGUAACAAAUAUUGCAUCAGGACUAGAGGAGCGUCUAGCAGGUUUGGUUGAUGUUAUGGUUGUGAAUCCUCCUUAUGUGCCUACCCCUGAAGAUGAAGUCGGUGUUGACGGUAUUACAUCAUCUUGGGCUGGGGGGGAGAAUGGCCGGAGUGUAAUUGACAGGAUUUUGCCAGUUGCAGACCGUCUUUUGUCAGAGAAGGGGUGGUUGUACAUGGUCACCCUCACAGCAAACAAUCCAUCUGAGAUAUGCAAUCUAAUGAGAAAGAAAGGAUAUGCUUCUAAGAUUGUUGUCCAAAGAUCAACAGAGGAAGAAAGUCUCCAUAUCAUCAAGUUCUGGCGGGAUUUUGAUAAGGAAGUGAAUGAAACGGACCAAUCUGCUUCUGGGUUCUUAGGCUCCUUGUUUGCACUAGUUCCUCUGCUUUCGUAUUGGAGAGGCACCAAUAGUGACAACAAAAAUAAUUGAUUUUAUGAGACUGGGAUGUCUUUCUUAUCUUGACAACUUGAAUGUUUUGCAUUGCCAUGGGAGUCAGCGUGUUCAUAAAUACACCACCCAAUGCUAAAUUUUCAAUAAAACCUCUUUUAGCAAGGUCUUUCUUAGUAGUGUCUUCUAAUGUUUUCCUUGAUCUUUAUCCUGUUUAAUCGGACCAUCUUCCAUUUGAUCUUCUCUUCUCACUCUACAAAACCAUCCUAGGCAAGUUUACGUUGCCAUCUCAUAAGUUUAUCCU